AUGUUGGUUCUUGUUGACGAUCACAGCCGCUACUCCUCCAUUUUCCUCCUCCACACCAAAGACCAGGCGCCGACCAUUAUCAUUAACUGGGCAGAGCAAUGCCGCACCCACUUCAAACGUCCCAUCGGCCGCCUCCACUCUGAUGGGGGAGGCGAAUUCCUCAACCGCACUCUCUCUCACUACUGCGCCACCCAUGGCAUCCAACAGACCCACACUCUUCCCCACUCCCCACAGCAGAACGGCGUUGCAGAAAGCCGCAUUCGCGAAAUCACUAAGAUCGCCCGCUGUCUCCUUGCUCACGCCUCCACCCCUCCCUCUCUCUGGGGCUAUGCCCUCCUCCAUGCUGCCCUCCUCCUCAACCUUCACUCCCAUCCCCAACACACUGCCGCUACCCCCACGGAGCUCUGGUCAGGAACCAAACCUGACGCUGCCGGUCUCCGUGUCUGGGGUUGCAAGGCAUAUGUGCUUAUUCCUCCACCCGACCGCACCCAAGGCAAGCUCGCUCCUCGCGCCCUCGAACCCCCUCCCUCCUCCCGCACGUCCUCUCGCUUGGGCCGACACCGUCCUCCCUCCCCUCCUCCCUCCGGCACCUCUUCUCCCACCCCUCCCCACCCCGCUUCCGCCACCUUCAUCCGCCGACGUCUACGAUCCCACUGCUCCUGCCUCCCCCGCACACUCCACGGCUCCCCCUCCCCCCUCCCCUUCCCACUCCCCUCCUCAUCCAUCACAGCAGCAGCAGCAGCAGCAGCAGCAGCAGCAGCAACAGCAGCAGCAGCAGCAGCAGCAGCAGCAGCAGCAGCAGCAGCAGCAGCAGCAGCAGCAGCAGCAGCAGCAGCAGCAGCAGCAGCAGCAGCAGCAGCAGCAGCAGCAGCAGCAGCAGCAGCAGCAGCAGCAGCAGCAGCAGCAGCAGCAGCAGCAGCAGCAGCAGCAGCAGCAGCAGCAACAGCAGCAGCGGCAGCAGCGGCAGCAGCAGCAGCUGCAGCAGCAGCAGCAACAGCAGCAGCAGCAGCAGCAACAGCAGCAGCAGCCGCAGCAGCAGCAAGGGCAGCACCAGCAGCGGCAGCAGCAGCAGCCGCAGCAGCCACAACAGCAACAGCAGCCGCAGCAGCAGCAGCAGGGGCAGCAGCCGCAGCAGCAGCAGGGGUUCCAGCAGCACCAGCAGCAGCAGCGGCGCAGGGCAAUUGCCCGCUCCUCACCCUUCCUCCUCCCUCGCAUGCACACCCGCUCCCUUGA